AUGGUCAGCUACAUUUUCGAGCGUUUGGAUAUUGUAAACCAGAGAGCGAGGUAUUUGUCCACCGUGGCACGAGCCAGGAAACCACUGGCUCGUCUACAUAGACGAGACGUGGGUCUUCGACUGCAUGAGGAGGAAGAAAGGCUGGAACGACUCCACCAUCCCGAGGACAAAGGUCGAAGGGCUAUUGCGUUAGGUGCCAUGAGCAAAGAAGGUGUAAUACCCGGCUGCAGCAAGGUAAUCAUCAGUGGCUGCGGUCUAGUUGAGAACGACUAUCAUCGUGAUAUGAACCAUGAGAUCUUCGAGAAUUGGCCGAGGGACCCUCAUAUGCUGGACAUCGCUCGUGGUCGUAGAAAGGGUGUUAAGAUCCUCCUCGGCAGUUGUAUGACGCGACAUUAUCACAAACAGAAGGACUCUACACCGGGCUAUCAAUACAUUGAAAGACAGGGCGGUAACGCUGGAGACCAUCCUAGAAGAGCUCGCGAUGUUGAGAGAUGGAGAAAGCUUGGCGCAGCUUUACUGUGUCCACGGGGUCUGCACGGGUGGUGUGGAGAUUCCUCUCCUGUACGCAUUAACCGCAAGGAAAACCGAAGAAACGUACAGGGAGAUCUUCUCUCAUCUCCAAAAUAUCUUCGAGCUCUUCCGCCCACGGCCGCUGCAGCGCCUCAGAGUUGUGCUAGACUUUGA